CGAUAAGCAUGUUUCUAUUAUGGUGUAAGCGUAACCUCUGAAUACGUGCUUCGCGAGGUUAUGUUGUUAUUGAUACAGCAAAGUGUAAUGCUCGAAGUGUGAGAAAUAACCGUGUUAAAAAUGAGUGACUCCGACAACGAAGGUGCUCCAAAAACAACGCGGCCAGUGGACAAUGCGUGGUCGUUGAAAAUCCCAGCAUUUAAGGCCCUUGAUAAUCCUCACCGUCUUCUCGAAGAAAGUUCGUUUGCUACUUUGUUUCCAAAAUACAGGGAACAGUAUUUAAAAGAACACUGGCCCUUGGUGCAGAAUGCUUUAGAUGAGCAUUUUAUUAAAGCAGAGUUAGACCUGAUAGAGGGUAGUAUGACAGUAAAAACCACAAGGAAAACAUGGGACCCUUACAUUAUCGUCAAAGCACGCGAUAUGAUCAAGCUCAUGUCAAGAUCUGUCCCUUUCGAGCAAGCUGUGAAGGUUUUGCAAGAUGACACUGGCUCCGACAUCAUCAAAAUAUCCUCUCUUGUCAGGAGUAAAGAGAAAUUCGUUAAAAGAAGGCAAAGAUUGAUCGGACCUAAUGGAUGUACUUUGAAGUCCAUCGAGUUGCUGACUAAUUGCUACGUACUGGUACAAGGACAAACGGUAGCUGCUCUGGGUCCUUAUAAAGGCCUCCAGCAAGUUAGGAGGAUAGUAGAAGACACCAUGAAGAAUAUUCAUCCUAUUUAUAAUAUAAAAGCACUGAUGAUCAAGAAAGAGCUAGCCAAGGACCCAAAGCUGAAGAACGAGAACUGGGAAAGAUUCCUGCCCAAGUUUAGCAGCAAGAACAUCAGCAAACGUAAGCAGCCCAAGAAGAAGAACAAGAAGAAACCAUACACACCAUUCCCACCACCGCAGCAAGAGAGCAAGAUAGACAAAAUGAUAGAAUCUGGAGAGUACUUCUUGAAGGAGGAGCAGAAGAGAGCGAAGAAAAAGAAGGAAAUAGAUGCGAAGCACGAGGAAGCUGAGAAGAAGAGGCAAGAACGCAGGGCGCAAGCAUUCGUACCUCCUGAGGAGAAACCCCCAGAACCCAAGAAACAGAAGAAUGAUAUAAAUUUAGAAGAAUUUAAGAAAAAAGUGCAGAAAGGACUGAAGAAGCGCAAAGCACCCGCUUAGCAUGGGACAGACUUUAAAUACUUUCAGAGUCAAUUCUGUUGAUUAAUUUCUUUGUACAGAAAACAUUUAAUAAAAUAAGAUAUCUGUUGAUUAACGAUUGCAUUUUUGGAAGGAAAUAUUUAUAGAUCAGUUCCUGGAAU